GAGCGGGAGGCGGCGGACCUGGGAUCUCUUGAGCGACCCCCGGCGUUCGCCCGCCGCGCCGAGGCCCGGGUGGUAACUCACCGGCCGCCGGGCCCGUCCAGGUCUGGCGCGCACCGACCCCUCUCCGCGAGCGCUCCCGGGAGCCGCGCCGCGAGCCGGACCCCAGCCACCGCGACCCCUGGCGCCUGGCCCUGCGCCCGGAGAUCUGCCGGGGACUGGCCCAGGUGAGGGCACAGGCCUACUUCUGGUGGUGCUUGUGUGGCGGUGGUGGCCGCGGCAGCCAGGACUAGAGGCUACGGGGAUCUGGGAGCCUCAGCCCCACUGCAGGCCCCAACAUGGCACCGUUCCUGCGCAUCUCCUUCAACUCCUACGAGCUGGGCUCCCUGAAGGCCGCGGACGAGGCAAGCCAGCCCUUCUGUGCUGUGAAGAUGAAGGAGGCUCUCAGCACAGAGCGCGGGAAGACGCUGGUGCAGAAGAAGCCCACCAUGUACCCUGAGUGGAAGUCCACGUUCGAUGCUCACAUCUACGAGGGCCGCGUUAUCCAGAUAGUGCUGAUGCGAGCCGCCGAAGAGCCAAUGUCCGAGGUGACGGUGGGUGUGUCGGUGCUAGCCGAACGCUGCAAGAAGAACAACGGCAAGGCUGAGUUCUGGCUGGACUUGCAACCCCAGGCCAAGGUGCUGAUGUCAGUGCAGUAUUUCCUGGAAGACAUAGAUUGCAAGCAGUCUAUGCGGGGUGAAGACGAGGCCAAGUUCCCAACGAUGAACCGCCGUGGAGCUAUCAAACAGGCCAAAAUUCACUACAUCAGGCACCACGAGUUCAUCGCCACCUUCUUUGGGCAGCCCACAUUCUGCUCCGUGUGCAGAGAGUUUGUUUGGGGUCUCAACAAGCAAGGCUACAAGUGCAGGCAAUGUAAUGCUGCCAUCCACAAGAAAUGCAUCGACAAGAUCAUCGGCCGGUGUACAGGCACUGCAGCCAACAGUCGGGACACCAUAUUCCAGAAAGAACGUUUCAACAUCGACAUGCCGCACCGGUUCAAGGUUUAUAACUACAUGAGCCCCACCUUCUGUGACCACUGUGGCAGCCUGCUCUGGGGGCUGGUGAAGCAGGGAUUAAAGUGUGAAGACUGUGGCAUGAACGUGCAUCACAAGUGCCAGAUGAAAGUGGCCAACCUCUGUGGCAUCAACCAGAAGCUCUUGGCCGAGGCCUUGAACCAAGUUGGCCAGGCCGCUCCCCCCCACCCCCACCCCCUCCUCCAGAGAUCUGUAAAGAAGGAAACAGAGACCCAAGACACUGUUGGGAUCUACCAGAAUUUUGAGAAGAAGCCAGGAGUCUCUGGAGAUGAUCUCGCAGGUAAAGAAACUGGGACCUACGGCAAGAUCUGGGAGAGCAGCACCAAGUGCAACAUUGACAACUUCACCUUCAUCAAGGUCCUGGGCAAAGGCAGCUUCGGGAAGGUGCUGCUCGCAGAGCUGAAGGGCAAAAAGGAAUUCUUCGCCAUCAAGGCUCUCAAGAAAGACGUGGUCUUGAUCGAUGACGACGUGGAGUGCACCAUGGUGGAGAAGCGGGUGCUGGCCCUCGCCGGGGAUCAUCCGUUUCUCACCCACCUCUUCUGCACCUUCCAGACCAAGGACCACCUGUUCUUUGUGAUGGAGUUCCUCAAUGGGGGCGACCUGAUGUACCACAUCCAGGACAAAGGCCGCUUCGAGCUCUCCCGUGCCACGUUUUACGCGGCUGAGAUAGUCUGUGGACUACAGUUUCUGCACCAGAAAGGGAUCAUUUACAGGGACCUCAAGCUGGACAACGUGUUGCUGGACCACAGCGGCCACAUCAAGAUUGCCGACUUUGGCAUGUGCAAGGAGAACAUGUCCGGGGACAGACAGGCCAGCACCUUCUGCGGCACCCCUGACUACAUCGCCCCCGAGAUUCUGCAGGGCCUGAAAUACUCGUUCUCCGUGGACUGGUGGUCCUUCGGAGUCCUUCUCUACGAGAUGCUCAUUGGUCAGUCCCCCUUCCAUGGUGAUGAUGAGGACGAACUCUUCGAGUCCAUCCGUUUAGACUCACCGUACUAUCCUCGCUGGAUCACCAAGGAGUCCAAAGACAUCUUGGAGAAGCUGCUUGAACGGGACGUAAGCAAGAGGCUGGGAGUGACAGGGAACAUCAAAAUCCACCCCUUCUUCAAGACCAUCAACUGGGUUCUGCUGGAGAAACGUGCAGUGGAGCCGCCCUUCAAGCCCAAAGUGAAGUCGCCCGGAGACUUCAGCAACUUCGACCAGGAGUUCCUGAAUGAGAAGCCGCGCCUCUCCUACAGCGACAAGAACCUCAUCGAGUCCAUGGACCAAACAGCAUUUGCUGGCUUCUCCUUCGUGAACCCCAAAUUUGAGAGGCUCCUGGAAAACUGAGGUUCCCAAACGUGUGCCCCAAAAGCCCAUCCCAGCCUGGGACCCUGGGUCAGCCAGCACCGCCGGCUGACCCGGCAGCGCAGGUGGGGCCCACACCUCAUUGGCACCUGCCUGCCCCCCACGAUAAGCAACCGUGCAGUUGUCGUGAUUGCUGCUGCUGCCUGCCCCCCAUGUCCCCCAGAGGGGCCUCAGUUCCUGUCCAGCUGGGCUUUCAUGGUACUUCCUCUGUGAAUUGUGUGUGAAUUUGCUUUUCCUCUUCCCUCAGAGGGAAAUUGUAAAUCCUGUGUUUCAUGACUUGAAUGUAGUUAUCUAUUGAAAUAUAUAUAUAUUAUAUAUAUUAUAUAUAUAUAUGCACAUACAUAUAUAUAUAUAUAGGCUGUAUAUAUUGCUCAGUAGAGAAAAAAUGUGGGGACUGGUGAUAUGUUGAUCUUUUAAAAUAUAUAUAUUAUAUAUAUAUGGCACACACCCUUCUAACCUCUUACCCCGCCUCCAAAAGAAAAAGGAGCACAAGCUGUUUGAACCACCAGGUGCUUUGAUUUGUCUGUCUAAAUAAACACCAAGUGGUACCGA